AUGCCUCCAACAACAACACGACCACCAUUCUCAUCUCUCCCACUUGACAAAAACGGCCCUCCAGGAAAUGCAUGGGGCCUCUACGGACCCAACGACGAGUUAGGUGCCCUAAACCUCCUCACCCCCGCCAUCGUAAAACAGGCCGCACAAGAAAUUCAACUCGGCGAGCGCGUCUCUCUCGACUGGUACCUCAAUCUACCGACAUACCCAUCCUUCAACCGGCCGGGCUUCAAAUGGCGACUCCAUAGUAAGGCACCCCGGGUCGUCAACGACGACUUCAUCGACAUCAACACGCAGAGCAGCAGCCAGUGGGACGGCUUCCGGCACUACGGGUACCAGAAAGCGAAGCAGUUCUAUGGCGGGCGCAGCCAGGCGGAGAUCGAGAAGAGCGAGGUCAUUGGGAUUGAUCGGUGGGUGCAGGCCGGCGGAAUUACGACGAGGGCGGUAAUUUUGGACUAUCCGAGGUAUUUGGAGAAGAAAGGAAAAGAGAGUGUGAAUGCGCUGCAGCCGAAGAGUAUUUCGGCGGCGGUGUUGAAGGAUAUGCUGAAGGAGACAGGGGUGGAGCCUAGAGAGGGGGAUAUGUUGCUGCUGCGGACGGGGUUUACGAGGGAUUAUGAGGCGUUGGGGGAUGCGGAGAGGAAGGCGCAGGGGGCAAAGCCAGUUGCGGAGUUUCUGGGGGUGGAGAGUAGCAAGGAUGUGUUGCAGUGGAUAUGGGAAUCGGGAUUUGUGGCCGUUGCAGGUGAUGCACCAUCCUUCGAGAUGUCGCCGCUGGUCGGUAAACACAACGAGCCCGGUGGUAUCUGGAAAGGAGAGUCAUGGGAAAAUGAGAUGCAAGGAGGAGGGUUGAUUCAUCAAUGGUGUUUAGCUGGAUGGGGUGUUACGAUAGGAGAGAUGUUUGAUCUAGAGCGACUGUGCGAGAAGGCGGAUCAGCUGGGUCGGUACACUUGCUUCGUUUCCAGCGUGCCGUUGAAGAUUCCGGGGGGCGUGGCAAGCCCGCCGAAUGCUGUAGCAAUUUUCUGA